CUCCUUACUCGGGCCGGGCCUGCGCCUUGCCCCGGCCCUGGCGCCCUCCUGGCGGUGAAGGGGUGAGGGGGGGCGGCGGGAGCCAGGAGGUUGGGAGGCCGCGGGUCCCCUCAGGCCGCGGCGCUGGUGCCUGAGGGAUACAGGAUGCUGUUUCCUUUGGUGCUGUGUGCAGUUGUGCUACUGGGCAGCAGUAAAGUUCAAGAUGAUGAAUGGAUCGACCCCACGGAUAUGCUUAAUUAUGAUGCAGCGUCAGGAACGAUGAGGAGACCUUACAAGGCAAACUACCAUGGUGCUGAGGAUAAGGCUGGGGAUGCAGUCAAUACUGAAGCCUUAUUGAGGUCUUCAAGGGAAGUAGAUUCCUUGCAACAGAAGAUUGCAGAGUGUGAGAAGAGGAAUGCCAAAUCACGCGAAACCCGUAGCUUUUACAUUUUCAAGCGAUACCUGAAUAAGAUUUUAAAUGAAGCUGGAAAACUUGGCCUUCCUGAGGGAAACGUGGGCCACGUCCAUUACGAUGCUGAGAUCAUCCUGACAAAACAGACGUAUUCGGAGAUCCUCAGGUUUCUCAACGAGGAGACCUGGCAGUCGGGUGCUGUGGACGAUGCGCUCAGCGAUAUUUUGAUCAAUUUUAAGCACCAUGAUUAUGAAGCUUGGCACUGGAGAUUUGAAGACACUUUUGGAAUUGAUCUAUAUAAUAUGUUUAUGAUACUCUUGUGCUUAGUGUGUGUUGUAAUUCUAAUAGCUACGGAGCUCUGGACGCGCAUUCAUUGGUUUGUUCAGCUAAAACGUGUUUUAUUAAUAAGUUUUCUCAUCAGUUUCGCAUGGAAUUGGCUUUACUUGUAUAAGCUGGCCUUCGCGCAGCAUCAGGCAGAGAUUGCCAAGAUGGGACAGUUUGAUAACAUCUGCGCCGAGAAGAUGGACUGGGGAGGAAGUCUUAUCGAAUGGUUCAGAAGUAAAUGGACGUUUCAGGACGAUCCCUGCCAGAAGUACUAUGAAACUCUGCUGGUCAAUCCUGUUCUGCUGGUUCCACCCACAAAGGCAUUGGCAAUUACUUUCACCAACUUUGUAACGGAGCCGUUGAAGCACGUGGGACAAGGGAUUGGUGAAUUCAUCAAAGCACUUAUGAAGGAGAUACCAUUUAUUCUGCAGGUUCCAGUGCUAAUUAUCAUGGCUCUGGCUGUCCUGGCUUUCUUCUAUGGUGCAGGAUCAUCAGUGUCUGUGUUAAGAUACUUAACAACUUCUCAGAGGAAAAGUCUUCCUCCGCCUGAGGGCCAGCAGGAGCAGAUAGCCUUUGGGCAGUAUGAGGGCAGUAACGCGGAUGGCUGUUACACACAGAAGCCUCCUUACCUUUACAGAGGAUCUUACGACCGAGGAGAUGCUCCUGCCAGAGCAGGAACUGGCAGCAGAAGUCCUGACAUGGUGCACGCAAGUGAUGAGCCAGACAAGCAAGUAGAGGAAUGUCGCAAACCAGAACCUGGUAAUAGAUUGCACACUGAGUCUGAAGUUUGUAGACUAGAAACUAUCACAGCUGAAAGCCUUACUGAAGAACACGCGCGUGAGCAGCAGAAACAGGAGACAGGCAAAGCAGAGCGAGAGACUGGAGAAAACUGUGAUCCUCAUAAAAACCUAGAAGGGAAAAGUUCUGUAACGGAACCAUGUGAAGAGAAGAAAAAGAGCGGUUCCCGGGACUCCCAGGAAGGAGACUGAGGACACCCCAGGAUCUGCGGUGGAGUAGAGGAUGUUGCCACUGAAGCAGCUGGGAAUCUGUUCUUCUCCUGGAAGUAGCAUCUCUGAUCGUCCAUCCUGUUACUCUGGAACCGACUCAGCAGAUCAAAGAACCCUUCAUCUGCCAUUGCCUCUCGACUGUUUUUCUGAAGAGGAGAGAAGAGUUAGGAGUAUUUUGAACUCAAGAGUACCCUAAACUAGGACAGCUGUGUCACAGUUUCAGUCCAGUAAUAUGUUUGAUAUUUGCACAUCUGAAAUCCAUUAAAUGAAUUUUGUUAGUCA